UUGGGCUCCUGACAUGCCACAGAUAAGGAGCUGUUCCUUGCUGACGCCUCUUGGGCUUUUUAUCGCUCUGAGUUUUUAUUCCUUUCCCCCCACAACUCCUCUUCUAUUGGUUUGAGGUUACUGGAACAUUUUUAUAGAAAAAAAUAUUAAUGUAGUCUAGGGCACAAUGCCUUCUAAAUACCGCAACUUCCGAAGCAGCGUGCCGUGGAUAAUCCUUUUUCUGGAAGUUGUUUUGAUUAUCCUCUUUUACUUUUUGUUCUCAGAUGAUGAUGAUGCAUCCGGAUCGACCAACUCCUACCCAGCUUUUCAAGAUGUCAACCACAUGGUGAUUUUUGGAUUUGGCUUUUUCCUGACAUUUCUGAAAAGAUACGGGUUUAGCAGCACUGGAUUCAACCUCCUGAUCAUUGUACUUGGUGUACAAUGCUCUGUGCUGAUAGAAGAUUUAUUAGUUUUGCUUCUUCAAAGGGAAUACAAAGAUGGUCUGCAAAGAAUAACAAAGGCUGCUGUGAGUAUGACUGCUGUGGUCAUCUCCACUGGAGCUGUUCUUGGGAAGGCUAAUCCUGUGCAAUUAAUUCUGAUGGCAGUUGUGGAGAUAAUAGCUUUCCAUAUGAGCAGAUCGAUCAACACCACAUUCCUGCAGGUUUCAGACAAUAUCAGCAUGAUGCAUGUUCACCUGUUUGGAGCGUACUUUGGUCUGGCAGUCUCCUCACACUUCUCUGAGCCAUCACCAAGGACUGAGAAGAAUGCGAGUACCCCAAAGUCGGAUUUGUUGUCAAUGUUAGGUACUCUCUUUCUCUGGGUAUUCUGGCCAAGCUUCAAUUCUGUACUACUUGUGGAAGAGAAGACCAAAGCAAUCUACAACACCUACUUUGCCCUUGCAGUGAGUGCUGUAACUGCCUUCGUGUUGUCUCUUCUGACCGCAAAGGAUGGAAAAUUCAGAAUGACUGAUAUCCACAGUGCAGUACUAGCUGGUGGGGUCACUGUUGGUUAUGCAGCACACAUUAUCGAGUAUCCUUGGAUUGCAAUGAUUUUGGGUCUGCUUGCCAGUGGGACAGCCGUAUUAGGAUCUUACUGUUUACAGAGAUGCCUGCAUCCUGCUCUCAAGAUUCAUGAUACCUCUGGAAUUCAUUUCACUUUUGGCUUGCCUGGUGUGCUUGGAGCUCUUGCCCAGGUUGUUCUCUUAGUAUUAAAAGACUGGACCAAAUCACCAAGACUGGAUUAUUUGGUCAUGAUUCCUAUUGGUGCCUUCUGCCUGACCAUCAGUGUUGCCUUGAUAACAGGUUUUCUUACAGGUGUAAUCGUAAACCUCAAACUGUUUAAGACCAUCCCUGUAUCAAAGUACUUUGAAGACCAGUUUUAUUGGGAGUUUCCCCAUUUGGCUGUUGGAUUUUGAAUGGAGGAACCCAGAUGACAGAUUUGACCAAGAUAAGCUUUUCCUGUUUGUCACUAGAGAAAAUGAAUAGCUACAAUGGGUUGAAAGAGCACUUAAGUAUCAAUUCUCAGGCUCAAAAAAGCCAUCCCAAUGGCAUCCCACAAAAAAUUAGUAAUAAACUGUUGUAGUUAUUCUUCAAAGAUACAGAGUGUAACUUUACAGGUGCAAACUCACGCUGCAUUUAGCUCUUCUGCUUUGUUGGUCUUACCUUAAAUAUUCUUUUGUGGGAUACAUACAAAAAAGUUGGCUGCAUUAAUUGCUGUAACGGCUUAUCAAUAAAAAUGCUUGGAAACUUUAAACUAUUUUUAGCUCCCAAGUUUAAAAGCCAAAAUAUGUAUUUUAAAGUAUAAUUUUUCAAGGAGUACAUACUCAUUCUUAUCUAGCGAAGCAUUCAAGUACUUGUUUUUAAGCUAAAUUAAUUCUGUUGAAGGCCUUGUUAAGCAAGGAUUUGAUGAGUAAGCUGGAUCAGGGCCAGAACUCUGCAUCUUGCCAGACUGAACUCUUUGAGUUAUCUGACUGCUUAAAGAAAAAUCUAUAAUUACUUGGCUCAGGCUAGCUAUUUGGAAGUUCAAAUUGCAAGAAGUUAAAUUGUUCUGCUUGUGGAUGGUGCCCCUGAAAUCAAUGGUAUUUACUUGUAUUCAAGGUUUGGCAGCAACCCUCAGAACAGCCUGUCUGUGCAGUGACAGUCUGUGCCACCAUGGGGUCACAGCUGCCCAAAAGGCCCUGGCUGCCCUAAAGGCAUAGACAACCGGAGAGACUGAGGGAAUAGCCCUUGGUACUGCGUGGUACCAAGACUAAGACCCCAUUUCUGAAGUGUUGUAUGUUGAGCUGUUUUACUCCGAGACAAGCAGGAGGCUUUGGUGCAUGAGCUAGGGCCUGACCAGGCAGAGGAUUCUGUGCAAGCAAACCCUUGUUUUUAAAUGGAUCGUUAUCUUCAGCGUUUCUUCUUUGUUUCAAACUAGUUGACCUAGAAAAACUCUUUCAAAAAUGCUUACCUAAUAAAAAAGUCAAAAUUUGA